UUGUCCUUAUCAACAACAGAAAAGUGAUGUAAAUGUAAACUGUAGGUCUGCUGAGAACUCAUGGAAUUGUAUACGAGAUAUACCUUGAGUUGUCAGAAUUAGAAAUUCACAGAGUGUGAGAUGGGAAAAUUCCAGAAAUUAACAGAAGCACAGUUGGGGAUGAAUGCUAAACAAUACUUACCAUGUUAAAAAUUUACGAUCCCGAGGCCCGAUCUCCGUUUUUAUUGUUUUGUUUUUCUUCUGAAACAGCUACAUUUGUAAAGUAGAGUUUCUUUGCUUUUAUGCCAAGAUGAUUUACUAAAGUGUGCAAAGAAGCGGGGACAUUUUGUUGUCAAACAGAAUGGCUCGACUGAAUUUGAAACUACUUCUGUUUCUUCUGAUAGCUGUAGUAUCAUGCACAUUGGUUACAUAUAUUUUUACUUGUGGUCAUCCAACAUCCAGCCACACAAGCUUCAUUCAUAGGUUAAAAGAAUCCUCUUCACCAGAAUCCAGAGGAAAGCUAUAUGAAGAACUUGAUUGCUCUAUAAAUGGCAUGUAUCAUAUUUCUUGUCGAAAAGAAGGAAAAGAAGUCUUUGUCCCUUUUUCUUUUCUGGAAAAGUAUUAUGAAGUCUAUGGAAAGUUGGCUAAAAGUAAGGGUCAUGAACAGUUUGAAUGGUCACACUCAUACUCCAAAGUAUUUAAACCAACAACACGCUACAACUCAUCAGGGAUGUUUAUGUAUUUUAGCAACUAUAAUGUAGAAGUGCGAGACCGAGUUAAAUGUAUUUCAGCUACAGAAGGAGUUCCUGUUUCAACACAAUGGGAAGCAAGUGGAUACUAUUAUCCUGUUCAAGUAGCUCAGUAUGGUCUCUCCCACUACAGCAAAAACCUCAGUGACCGCCCUCCCAAAAGAAAAAUUCUAGAAGAUGGAAACUUGGUAACUGCCAAAUGGCAAGUUCCUAAAGGAGCGUCUGUCAAAAGAAAUUAUGAUAAUGAAAAAUUUACUCAUGUACUGGAAUUCAAUAGCUAUGACAGUCCAGGCAUUUCAUUAAAGCUGAGACAAGGAACUGACUUGGUUUUAAGCUUUGAUCUGCGCUUAUUAAGUAUGAAUGGCUCGCUUACUAUUUUCUUGGAAGAUCGGGAUCGAUCAACUAUCUUUCCAGUUUCUUUUGUAUGCUCGCCUGUGCUUAUUCACGUUCUUAACUCAAGUGGAAGUUAUUCCACUAACUAUGGACUGGGUAGUUGCCAAAACUGGAACCAAUUGACCCGCGAUCUGCAUGUUGAUUUGGUGAAGGGUCAUGUGCUUUCAGGAAGAGGCAAGAAAUUAUCAAAAACUAAAUUACGUAUCCAUCACUUGAUAGUUAAAGGUUAUGGACAACUAGAUAAUUUAACCCUGGCUUCAAGCAACCACAUGGGCAUGUUUUAUUCAUCGGCCGAUUGGUUAGUUCGACACCAAGACACCAGUGGCGGAUGGCCUAUUGGAGUCAAAAGGAAGAUAGCAUCAGGAAAAGCAGAUCUGGAUCCUGGUUGGUAUUCUGCUAUGGGACAAGGCCAAGCGAUGUCCCUUUUAAUACGAGCUUAUUAUCGGUCAGGUAAACCACAUUAUUUGGAAGCUGCACUGAAAGGCAUGAAACCGUUCAGUAUAUCAAGUACUGAAGGAGGAGUACGUGCUUACUUCAUGAAUCAGUAUCCCUGGUACGAAGAAUAUCCGACUGUGCCUCCUUCUUUCGUCCUUAACGGAUUUAUCUACUCUUUGAUUGGCCUCUACGAUGUGGUGUCCCUUGCACCGCAAAAUCAAGUGGGCGAUGCUCAGCUUUUGUUUGAUCAAGGAAUGCAUUCACUCAAGAAGCUUCUACCUCUGUUUGACACUGGAUCUGGAACAGUUUACGACCUUAGACACUUUAGUCUUGGUCUUGCACCUAAUAUAGCGCGAUGGGACUACCAUUCAACACACAUCAACCAGUUGCUUCUUCUUAGUACCAUUGACUCGGAUCCAAUUCUUACAAAUGUCGCUGGUAGAUGGAUAAGCUAUAUGUCUGGAAAACGUGCCGCACAUAAUUGAUGGUGAUAUCGCGUUUAAUUUUAAUUAAGAGUGCAGUAAAAUUUGCAUGGUACUUUGAGUCACGCCACACAAGCUACUUGGUUACAAAUUACUUCGUAUAUUUCCCUGAAAUGUCAUUUCCGCAAUCUAGCAAAAUCCUAGAUUUCGUCGUGUACAUUUUCUGCAGUACGCAUCUUGUUUCGUCACGUAAUAUUUUAAUUUAAAGAUGAAUUAAUUUUGAAAAAUUUCGAAUGGUCGACCUCCAUCUUGUACAGUGGUUGCCAUGGCAGGUAUAAUAACAAAAUUUAUGUAAUCUCAGCUAACAACUUUUAAUUUCCAUGGAUUUUGUCUUUAACUGUAAUCCAGCAUCACGCUCUUUGGUUUUAAAUUUUUAUGUACUGUGUUUUUAUUUGACAACAUUUCAUUCAUUCCAAAAUCCUUUUUAUUGCCAAGAAUAGAGUAGCAUGUUGCGCUGAAUAUAUUACAGCCAUGAAAUGAGUGACUGAAACCGUAUACGGAAUCAAUAAAAAAAAUUGGAAAUAUCA